AUGGGGAAGCACAGGGUGCGAGUGGCCACCGGCUCCUAUCUGGGUUCUGGAACCUGGGACAACGUGUCAGUGAGCCUGGUGGGACCAGCGGGGGAGACCCCAGCGCUCAGGCUGAACAGCUUCGGGAAGGAUUUCUGUCGGGGCGCGGAGGAGGACUUCGAGGUGACGUCCCCCCAGGACGUGGGCCCCGUGCUGCUGCUGCGCGUGCACAAGGCGCCCCCCAAGCUGCCUCGCCCGCUGGGGCCCUUGGCCCCCGACGCCUGGUUCUGCCGCUGGUUCCAGCUCACGCCGCCGCGGGGCGCCCCUCUCCGCUUCCCCUGCUACCAGUGGCUGGAGGGCAGCGAGGGCCUGGUGCUGCGGGAGGGGGCAGCCACACUCAUCUGGCAGGACAGCCACUCUCUGCUCUGUGCCCAGCGCCAGGCAGAGAUUAAAGAGAGGCAACAGAAAUACAGGUGGAGUGAGUUUUUCCCAGGGAUACCCCGCUGCCUAGAUGCCGAAAACCUCAAGGAGCUUGAUCCCAACCUUCGAUAUUCAGUCACCAAAGAUAUCAGCCAAAAAUUUCGCCUCAUCUCCCCGAACAUUGCCCUGAAGCUGAAGGGACUGCUGGACAGUCAGCGGCCCUGGAGAAGCCUGGAUGAGAUCAAACGUAGCUUUGUCUUCCCCAAGUCACCCGUGUCAGAGUAUGUGUUUGAACAUUGGCGGGAGGACACCUUCUUUGCCUCCCAGUUCCUGAAUGGCCUCAAUCCUGUCCUGAUCCGCCGCUGUCGCUGCCUCCCAAAGAACUUUCCUGUCACUGAUGCCAUGGUGGCCCCGGUGCUGGGCCCUGGGACCUGUCUGCAGGCCGAGCUGGAGAAGGGCUCUCUGUACCUGGUGGAUCAUGCCAUCCUCUCCGGUCUCCGCCCCAGCAUCAUUAACGGGCGGCCCCAGUUCGUGGCUGCCCCCCUGACCCUGCUGCACCAGUGCCCUGGAGGGCCCCUGCUGCCCCUCGCCAUCCAGCUCACUCAGACACCUGGUCCAGAUAGCCCCAUCUUCCUGCCCAGUGAUGCAGCUGAGGACUGGCUCCUGGCCAAGACCUGGGUGCGCCACGCUGAGUUCCUGGUGCAUGAGAUGAUCUCUCAUCUGCUUCGCACCCAUUUUGUGAUGGAGACCUUUUUUCUUUCCAUGCUGAGGCAGCUGCCCCUGUGCCAUCCCAUCUUCAAGCUGCUCAUUCCUCAUUUCCGCUACACGUUCCACAUUAACAUCCUGGCCCGCACGGGACUCUUUGCACCAGGAAAGCUCAUUGACCAGUCAACAUCACUGGGACGAGUGGGCAGCCUGGAGCUGAUUGCCAAGGGACUGGAAGUUGUCACCUACCGCUCCCUCUGCCUGCCCUACCAGCUAGCUGACCGAGAGGUUCAGGACCUCACCCACUAUUACUACCGAGAUGAUGGGCUCCAGAUCUGGGCAGCCAUAGAGAGCUUUGUGUCUGACAUUGUUGGCAUCUACUACCUGGAUGACAGUGCAGUGAGCAGAGACUCAGAGCUCCAGGCCUGGGUCAUGGAGAUCUUCCAGGAGGGUUUCCUAAGCCGUGUGAGCUCAGGGGUCCCUUCCACCCUGGAUAGCUGUGCUGCCCUCAUUGAGUAUCUCACCAUGAUCAUCUUCAAUUGCUCAGCCCAACAUGCUGCUGUCAACAGCGGCCAGUUUGAAUUCAGUGCCUGGAUGCCUAAUGUUCCCACCACCAUGAGGCUCCCCCCACCCAUCGCCAAAGGCCAGGCAGACCUGAUUGCCUCACUCCCCGAGGUCAACGUCACAUGCCACGCCCUCGUGCUCUUCUGGGGUGUCAGCAAUGACACGAAGGACACUCGGCCCCUGGGCACCUACCCUGAUGAGCACUUCACCGAGGAGGCCCCGCUGCGAAGCAUUGCCGCCUUCCAGAGCCGCCUGGCCCAGAUCUCAGGGGUCAUCUGGGAGCGGAACCAGGGCCUGGCGCUGCCCUACACCUACCUGGACCCGGCGGUCGUGGACAAUAGCAUUGCCGUGUGA